AUGGAAGCUGAACAAAGCCCAAAGAAGCCUCAGAAGCCAGAGACAAGGAUUCCACCACCUAGAGGUCAAGUUAAAGCCAAGAUUUUUAGAGACUUGUGGUCUAAAGUAAAGGCUGCAGCAGAAUCCGUGGUAACUGGGCUGGGAGGGUGCUGUGGAAGCUGA